ACGUUAGAAUUUCAGUUGGUCUUCGUACUUUUACUCUCUAGUGCUGCGCGUCAUCUGAAACUGUGGUGCUCGAAUAAGUUGCAUGUUGCUACAUUUUGAUUAUCUCUUCAUUCGCACUCUCAGCACUCGUGUCUGUAAAGAUGUUUGGCAGUUACGACACGCAAGAGAGGAGGAGGAGUAUGUCAUACUUGUCCACUAAUGACAAGUCGAGGCCACGAAGUGCUUCAACAGGAGUCCUUGAACUUUCUCCUGUGAGCAACUUUUACAGCCAGAGAAGUCCAGCAACACCAUGUUUUGUCAGUCCCAGGAUGGCGUUUUCAACUCAAUUCAACUAUGAUUCUCCUAUUCAGGUUUUGACUAGUAGUUCACCAGGAGUAUUCAGGCCGAUGUCUGUCCCGAGGUUACCUGGACGUUACUCGCUGAAGAGGCUUCCCCUAAAAUGUAAAGCACUGUUAACAGUUAUACUGUUGUCCUUGGCCACGUGCUUGUAUAUCUUCCGGACCUCGAUUGUGGACGAAAGUAUAGACUGCAAUCUUUCGGGCACCUGUGAUGACCAUUCUCAUGAGCAUUCUAGUUUGGAGAGAUUUGUUCGUGCUGUUACGGGGCCAGGCCCGAAUCAUCACACACUGACAGGAGAUUUGGACAACCCUGAGAUAGGCAGCCACGAAGCUCAUGAAAUUUACCAAGGCUCAGAGUGGGCAGAUACUAUAACAGAUUUAACAGAUGGUGCCUCUAGUAAACAGAGUCCGGGCAACGGUAACAGAGUAGCAGUCAUUGUGGGUAGCCAUGUUGACCUCCCAGAAGAGAGUAUAGGUCAUAAUACUGAUGAAUAUGCUACAGGAGAGCCUUAUCGGAACAUAGGACACGAGUGGUCUAAUGUUGAUGGGGAUGGUCAGGCUGAUCAGAGUUAUUCACUUGGAAGUGCUCCUUUGGCUCAGUUGCCUCCAAAUACUCCUGCAGGAACCAUGAAGGAGAUAGAGGAUUAUCUUUCACAAGGAAUGCAUGGAGAACUUAAGCGAGAUGGCACAGUUUUUAUACAGGAACCCCAAAUGGGCCAUGGGAAUCAACAUUUUGGCUCUCACUGGGGCGAGGCUGCUCACUCACACUACCAGGGAGAUAUGAGCAACAGAGUUGGACAGAUGGGACAGAUGCAAUUUGGUUACAGAGAUAAUGACCAUCGUCAACCUCGACACAUUGAAAAUCUAAGGAUGGACAGGCUGCCUCCAGGUGUUAAUCCUAACAGGUAUUUUGACUUGUGAAAACCCUAAUUCAUUUGGAGCGAAGCUUUGUGAAGUUUUUAACUAUUUAAGGAUAGGUCUUAUCUUGGCAGACAACCAAUGAAUAUUUUUACUUUUCUGCUUUUGGGAGCAGAAACUAAAAUAGCUUGCGAGAACUUAAUGCUAAAAAUGUCGAUUUUAUGAAGGACUAGGUAUUUUAAUAUUUUAAAUACAGAAGAAUAAAACAUUUUUCUUAAGGAAA